AUGAUUAUUAUCAUUACGUUAUGUUGUAUUAGUAUUAUUCUAGGUUUAGUGUUGGUGGCCUCUCACCCUUCACCUUAUUUUGCGGCUUUAGGUUUAGUCUUAGUAGCAGGUACGGGGUGUGGAUUUCUAAUAGUUGAAGGGGGCUCCUUUUUAGCUUUAAUUUUAUUUCUUAUUUAUUUGGGGGGAAUGUUAGUUGUUUUUGCUUAUUCUGCUGCUUUAGCGGCAGAGCCCUACCCGGAGGCAUGAAUAAGUCGUUCGGUUUUUUUCAAUAUGUGUGUUUAUCUUGGGUUAGUGGGCGGGGCUUUCUUUAUGUUAAGCGGGGAGUUUACGGUUUGUUGAGGUGGUUCUGAUGUUAGUUCAGGAGCGGAGAUUAUUCGUGGGGAUAUAGGUGGUGUGGCUCUGAUGUAUUCUUGAGGAGGGGGUAUAUUGGUAACAAGUGCCUGGGUACUAUUGUUAACGUUGUUAGUAGUAUUGGAGCUAACUCGGGGUAUAAGUCGGGGGGUAUUGCGUGCUGUUUAG